AUGGGGGUAGGGUUGUUAUUGGCAUGCCACGGAUUGGUCACAGCUUUGGUGGUUGUUUCUUUUCUCUGCGGUCGAUGGCCAAUUUUCGAAGGAACUUUCAUUCAACGCAUUAACUACUUCAUCACUUUCGGUGCUUACGAUUACUUCCUGCGUUUUGUUGGCGCUGUUUUUGGCUCUAAGUGUACGGAUGCGGUGCUUUCUGUUGAAUAUUACUGCUGCGAUCGUCCUAAUCCUCUCUUACAGAUUAUAUAUCUUGUGAUAAUCAGCUUUACAUAUUAUUUCGUUGCCAGCUCUUCCUUUGUGUAUAUCCCUGGAUACUAUUUAAGUGCAACUCACAAGUACACAAGCUUCUUCGCAGCUGCUGUUGGAAUUCUGCUUUUUCUCUUGACCAGCUUUUGUGAUCCUGGCACAAUAAAGGCUGAGAAUGUUUCUCAAUAUCUUGCUGCUUAUCCGUAUGAUAAUAUCAUUUUUUCAGAGAAAGAAUGUUCCACUUGCAAAAUUCCAAAACCUGCUAGAUCAAAGCAUUGCAGCAUUUGUAAUCGCUGUGUUGCACGAUUUGAUCAUCACUGUGGAUGGAUGAACAAUUGCAUAGGGGAGAGAAACACCCGGUACUUCAUGGCUUUUCUUUUAUGGCAUUUCCUUUUAUGUAUGUAUGGAACAGUUGCUGUUUGUUUAAUACUCGCAGGAAGACUAAAAGAAUUGAAAGUUGUUUAUAUUCUAACAGUUUAUUAUGGAAUAGAAAAUUCUUUUUGGGAUUUAGCUCCCCAUGUUGCACAGUGGUUGUUGGGAUCCUACAAUACACAGAUUCUUCUUAUAGUGUUCCUUGCAAUUGUUGGGAUGCUGUUAGCUGGAUUCUCUGGUUACCAUGCAAAGCUUUGCCUUAGCAACACUACCACUAAUGAGACUUUUAAGUGGCAAGAUUACAUGGACUGGCAGAGAAAGUUUAAAGAAGCGCAGGCCAGUGCGGCAGCGCUAAGACAAAGUAUCAGUGGAAUAAACGGUGAAAAAAAACAGCCCAUAUCGAGAAACAAAUGGAAAGCAUUCUUUCGAAGAUCGCCUCUAGAGGAUGUGGUAGUUGUUAAGAAUAAUGUUUAUAAUAAAGGCUUCCUUCACAAUAUUCAGGAGGUUAUUUCACCUCUCUCUACAAGGCAGUCCUUUACACAAACAAAGUUGAAGGAGGUUAUUUCACCUCUCUCUACAAGGCAGUCCUUUACACAAACAAAGUUGAAGUCUAGGUGA